AUGACGGCGGCUGGACAGGCGAUGGUUGUGCUGGUGCCCAUUCGGCCAAAGUCAGCCAUGACUUUCGUAAAUGACAAAGAUGCCGAACUCAUGGGCCUUGUCGACGAGGAGAAAGAGCGCUUGGCGCAAGUAGACAAGGACAAGCAGAAAGAGAAUCAGCUGAAGGCCUCUGACUUGGCAGACCUCCGCGCUGCUCGGAAGGAGCUGAAGAGGUCCCGGCAGGAAGAGGAGCAUGCGCGGAAGGAGGCCCUCGAGGCUCGAUUGAAGGCCAAGCCGGAGAAGGGGGCACCCGCGAUUCCGAGCUUUCUGAAGGUCAAAGCUGCCAAAGCAAAGGAUGCUCAGAAAGCCGAAGAUGCAGGCGAGGAUGUUCCUGACCCUGCAGAACCGGAUGCGAAGCAGGCCAGAGUAGAGGCCCCGGUUGAAGCCGCCAGUGCUCCGUCCGGCCUUGGGGGCCUCGGUAGCUAUGCGUCCGACAGUGAGGAUGAGGUUGAGUCCAGUGAGGACGAGGCUACAUGA